GCACAUACCGCAUUAUAUGCAUGCUAUCAUGGCAGACGACGAUGACGAUGAUUACUUUAGAGAACUGGAUGCCGCUUUGUUUGCAAGCAAAACCGCUUUGCAGUUGCUGCAGGGCGAUGAAUUAAAUGGCGAUGAUACGGGGGCGUACGAUUACCCAACAGGCGGGACUGCUGGGCUGCCGGCUGGUAGGGUUCCCGCCAACGGCGCUGGCGUGCAGCGGCACGUUGGUGGGCCGGCAUUUGGCGACACCGGAGCUUACGCGGGUGGAAGCGAUGUCGACGACGGAGGCUACCAGUUUGAUGAGGAUGCAGACGUUGAUGAUGGCAGCGAGGAAGGACUCAGCAGCGAUGAGCUGGGGGAGGAUGAGGAGGAGCGCGCAGCGGAGGCGGCCGCGCGAGGCGUACUAGAGGCCGAGGCUGAUAUAGAACAGAUAGCAGCCGCUGAUGGGGAGCCGGCUAUCGGAGAGGAACGGGAUCAGGGCGACGACGCCGGCGCCAGCGGCGCCGCGGCCCGGGGCACUCUCGGUGAGCGGCAGCUUCAGACGGCACGCUGCGCUGCUGAGGCGCCAGCAGCUCGACCACCUCAGCAGCAGCGGCAGCGGGGGCGGCGGGGGCCGGGCCUGGGCCGUGUACAGGGCGGGGGCGCCGGGCCGUCUGGCGCGGCCCCGGCGGCUGCUGGGGAUGGCGCAGUGGGGCAGCGGACCGAGGAGGCGGCGGACGAGGAUGGCUUGCAGGAGGAGCUGGAAGAAGAAGAGGGAGAUGAGGAGGAGGAGGAGGACCUCGAAGCGGGGGAGGAGGAGGAGGAGGAGGGCGGGGACUCGGAUCACGACAUAGAGCGCUACGUGCUACAGCCGCCGGGCGAGGUGCUGCAGCCCGACAGCCGCCUGGCGCGGCUGUACGCGGCGCUGGAGACCAACCAGGCGCUGCAGCGCCAGCUGUCAUCCGCGCUGGAGCGCCUGGAUGAGCACUCCAACACCGCGUACACACUGGAGCGGCGUGUACGGCAGGAGCCCAUCAUCGCGCGCCCGCACACCAUGGCUGCUCGCAUUCGGGCCAUCGCGCAUCCGCGCCUGUCGGACCUGCCUGACCUCGGUGCUGUGGGCGUGGGUGCCGCCGGGCUGGACGCUGCCGCUGCCGCUGCCGCUGCCGCUGCUGCCGCCGCCGCUGCCGCCGGCGGCACCAGUCGCCUGGCUGCAGCGGCUGCGGCGGCCGCUGCAGGCGCGCCGCAGCCGCCCACCAGUAGGUUCUGGCGUGUGGGAGCGCUGCUGCCGCCACCCACGGCUGAGUUUGAGCGGCUGGCGGCGGCGCAGCAGCUGCCGCCGCGGCCCUACGACCGGGUGCGAUGGCCGCAGCGGGUUGUGGAUGCACUGAACAAGGGCCUCACUCUGGAGGUGCAGUCGCUCCUCACACGCCAGCUUAUGGAGCGGCUGCAGCAGCAGAACGCGGGGCUGCAGCAGAACAGGGGCCAGCAGCAACAGCAGCAGCAGCAGGCGGGGAGUGGAGGGGCAGGCGCAGGAGCGGCGGCAGGGGCGGCGGAAGGAGCCGUGGAAGCGGUCCGUGGGGCCGACGCGCCGGCCGGUGAAGCCGGCAGCGCCGGUGCAGGCGGCAGUGGCAAUGGCCAGAUCAACAUGCAAGAAGAGUAUGACCGCAUCAAGGCGGUGCGGCCCGACUCGCCGGAGGCUGUGCCGCUCAUCCUGCAGCUUGACGAGGCGGCGUGGGCGCGAGUGGCUGCGGCGCACCGCGUAGGGCGCACCGGGGCAGAGUGUGCCGCCUACUACCGCCACAACCUGAAGCCGGGGGCGUCGUGGCAGUUGGAGGAGAGUCGGAAGCUGAUGGAGCUGGCAGACAAGUACAACAGGCGCCAGUGGCACAAGGUUGCUGAGGAGCUGGGCACCGGCCGCACGCCCGGCCAGUGCCUGGCGCACUGUCUGCGGUGGAGCCGCCACGACCGGCGGCCGCAGCGCUCCGCCUGGAGCGCCGCGGACAGCGCGCUGCUGCAGGCGCUGGUGGGGCGGCUGGGCACCAACUGGGUGGCGGUGUCGGACGGCUUUGGAGGCCGCUUCGACCGACACCAGGUGCGCGACCGCUGGCACGCCGUCAUGACUGCGGGCGGUCCGCGCCGCACCGGGCGCUGGACGGCGGAGGAGGACGCACUGCUGCACAAGGCGGUCGGGGAGGUGGGCCGCAAGUGGAAGGAGGUGUCCAAGCGGGUGCCAGGCCGCACGGCGCAGCAGUGCCGCGAGCGCUUCGUCAACCUGCUGUCGCCCGACCUGCGCUUCGGGGCGUUCAGCGAGGAGGAGACAAAGACCCUGAUGGACGCGUGUUCGGAGCUACAGUCCGCCUACGGCCGCAUCAUCUGGUCGCGUGUGGCGGAGCGGCUGCCGGGCCGCACCGACGACCAGUGCAGCCGGGCCUAUGAGGGGCUGGUCAAACACAACCAGCCGCACGUGGGCCACAUGCCCGGCCAGCUUAACCACAUGGAGAGGCCGCAGCGCGGCCGGGGCAGAGGCAGGGGGCGGGGGCGGGGGCGCAGCCCGGCCUCGGGAGGGCGAGCGAGUGCCCGGGGCGGGCGCGCGCGAAGCCGCAGCCGCGCCGGUGACUCAUCCGGCACGGAGUCCGAGGGAGGCAGGGCAGCUGCAGGGGAGCACGCGGAAGAUGGCGAGGAGCAGGAGGACCAACAGCAGCAGCAGCCGCUGCAGGGGCAGCAACAAGGACGAAGCGACCAGCAGGGUGGCUUUGAUGCGGGCGGGGAGGACGCCGGUGCCGCAGUGGUUGGGGCCGCUGCUGGUUUGCCGCCAGCGCAGUGCGGCAGGGCGCGGCGGCAGACGCGGCGGUCAACUGGGCUGCCAGCCCCCGAAGCCGCCGGCGGCGCUGGGGCAGGCGACGACGAUGGAGAUUCAGGGAGCGCUGGUGCGGCGGACAGAGAUGGCGAUGGUGCUGGCGCUUACGGUGGCACAAGGGGUGGCGGUAACGCAGGCGGCAGCAACCGGCCAAAGCGGAGGCGGAUCGCCAGCAGGCCGCAGCGGCAGUCGGACCUCGAGGAGGACUGACUGACUGAACAGUGCGCUACUGUGUGCGGCAAGCUACGUGCGCGUAUUGUCAUUUUGCCGCUUUAUCUGUUAGGCCAGCGAUUCGUGGGCAACACGUGGGGAUUGCGUGAGAGGUUUUGCGGCGCGCGAGAAGCGCCGCGCCGGCGAGUAGCGCCGCGCUGGCGGGUAAACAUGGCGCGUGCAACCGGCACGUUGAAUUGAAUGCGUUGUUUGCCUUGAUUGCGUGGAGCGAGGGGCUUCUGCUCGUCCCGUUGGGAACUGCUCGCCAAGCGCACAUGCAGGAACGUGUACCGUACGGGACGAAC